UAUGACGUGUACAAAGCAAAAUUGGAACAACAUCCAAAAAAAUACCAUCUCCUAAACUUAUGUUGCUGAGUUUACAAUUUUUCUAUCAAUAGUUAUUUCCAGAAAAAUGUCCCUAGAAGACGCAGCAACGAUGCCGACUCCUUUGUCUUGAUUGAUUGAAAAUUUAAUUUUUGUAGGAUUCUGAAAUAACGAUAUCAAAAAAAUUUUCAUUUCAAAAACGUUUAAUCUGUUCUUCAUAAUAAGUAAUAAUAUUAUCUGCUUGAUGACUUACAAUAAUAUUUAAAUUCAUGAAUUGAAGUACAGAUACCAAAUUAAUAAAAAUUGAUAAUAAUUAAAUAUUUUUCAUUAUUGUUUCAGAGACAAUUGUAAUUAUUGUGAUACACAGAUAAACUGUGUAAAACUGUAAGGAGGAGUUAUAGCCUAACCACCUUAGAUGUGUAUGCAACCAUUAACACCUGGGGUGGUUACUAUUGUAAUCCUUCACUGUAGGGGAAGGCAAGACCAGUUCUAAGGGAAUGAGGGGAAACGUGGUCACUUCUGACAGUUCUGACGAUCUGCGGAACGUCUGUGGAUCAUCGGCAAUGUAGAAUUACUUGGAUGCGAGAUCUUGAGCCCUCCGCAUCUCUUGUCAAUUGUUCGUAUUUCACUUAUGGCUGGCGAGUCACUAUCUCUUUUAAAAUAUAUUACUAUUAGUGUACCAUUAAACGUUGGUUAAUAUAAUUUUACAUCAACUCGCGAUCCCGUUGUGUCGUUGUGAUCGUGACGUACAAUGGACCACAACCCUGCUUCCGGUUCCGGAUAUGGGUAAGUGUCGCCAAUUUAAUAAGUAGUAUACAACCUAGUCCCACCAACAAGGCCUUAGCUUUAGAGAGCCGUUCAGUAGGGGUGGAAAUGCGUACAGUGUUAGAGGAUAUUGGUUCCUCCUUUGCUCUUCCUUCACCGAGUUCCAUUAAUCGUCAUAAUUGUUGAUGGGAUUCUAGAGAAGAUGUGUGUAAUUACCUUUAUCUCAAAGUUCCCAUAGAAGUAUUGUCUGGCUAUGCCAUGGCACUUAGUUACCUGCUGUUCAUCAGCAUAAGGACUUGGAGUGAAUCCCAAGUACUAUGACCUAUCAAACUACCCGUCACUUAUAGUAGCAUAGGCUUUCGAUGCAGAAAUCUGAAAUAUUCAAAUAAAAUAAAUAAUUUAUGAGAAUAUUUUCAAUCUGUCUUUAUUCAUUUAAUAGUCAGAUUUUAUGUGAUAAUGAAUGAGGCUUGAUAACGAUUAUUUAUAGUAUCAUCUUGAGCUACCCGAGUACAGAGAAAAUGUUCACUCUCUUAGUGAUAUUUUCCAUCCUCCCCCUUUUGGACUUUAUUCCAAUAAUUCCUAUACUAUUUAUAAUUAUUACCAAUUGCCAUAUUACAAAACGUAGCAUUGAAUGUAAAUGCGUACCUAUCGCUGACAUAAAUAUGUAAAAUAAAAAAUUCGAUUCCUGUUUUGAUGAUUCAUAUUUCAUUCGGACUCCGACUAUACGAAUCUAUCCCUAUUUGAGACUGCGUCAAAUCAAAGUGACACUAAUUUUCAAUUUUUUUCGCCUGAAGAGUAUUUAAUCCCGUGUGAGAAAAAAUGGUCCAGUUUCGAAAGCAAUAGUAGAAUUUGAGAUCAUACGUUGACGUAGGUCAUUGCCAUCCAAUUUCAAAGCUAUCUUUUAGGCUUCUACUGAACAUGUGAAAAUUUCAAAAUCGCUUAUUUUUGGGUAAAUUCGUAUUUUGAAAUUUGUUCUCCCCAAAUAUCUCUCUUAUUAAUUUUUUCAAUACAUUGAAAAAUGUUGUGACGGUAGGGGAUGCGCCCUCAGCUUCCACCUAAAGGGAAGAUGUGUUCCUGCGGAGUGGCUGCACUGCUUAAGUAGUGCACUCUGUCGGUUUAGUUCGAGUAUAGCCACUCCGCCAUUAGAGACGUUACAAACGUUAAGUAUUUUUUCACUGGUGUUCCGGUACGGAUGCAUUUCAGAGCUUCCACUUGCAAUCGUCAUUGCAAGUGUCUUUUUAUAAUGAUUAGUGUGUCUUUUUGUAAUUUAUCGAUUCGGUUUUAUAUCAGAGAUUUAUACAAUAAAGCUGAACACUUUCAUUUGCGGUCUACGAUCAUUUAUGCGGUGUUUCGUCACCUUUGCUGUUCGAUGUACUUUCGUAAGGUCAUCAGUAGAGUUUGGGUUCCCUGGGCUUAACUAUAUGCUGAAUAGCACUGGGCUCUCCCUCUGUAAACCAAGGAGUGUCCCAGCUAUCACAAUGUCAUCUUUGAAACUUGAUAAAUAUUUUGGGACGCAGUGAUGUCAAUUUUUAUUUUAUUUGUUGGUCAUUAUUGCGAAUUUCAAGAAAUCUAGAAAAAUAACCGAAAACUUGCAAUCGUCAAUGAGCAUAGAGAUAUAGGUAACCAACGUUGAUAAUAAUUCAUCGAUAUGAAACUGAAAUAAGAUACGUAUACCUAUGCAUAUUCAGAGUGAUAUAGGUAGCCGGUAUAAUACGAGAACGUAUAGGUACUGUACAUAAAUGUGAAUAGGUAAGCAUUUGAUUGCAAGUCUGAUUGAUUCAUAACGCAUGUGCAGCAUUAAUGAUGAUCAAAAGCGAGGAAGUUAAGAAAAAUACUGCAUUUGCAUUUCUGUGCAACCUUGAUUUCAUAUUUCGAUGAUAAACCUACGUAUUGCUUUUCAUUAUUUGCCUCCGGCCUCCGAACGAUACAUUUUAUCUAUGCACAUGUGAGAUGUUGCAAUAUGUCACCAAUAACUAUCUACAUCUUAUGAUUCAAACGCUUUUGCGAGAAAAUAGAAUUGUGAAAAGAUCUUGUUUUUAUUAUAUUUAUUCAUUAAUUAUUAAUGUUUGUACUUAAACUGUUCGUCUGUUCGUGCUUCUCGAAAUAGUUAUUUGCAUUAAUUGCUUUCCAGUAACGAUUUGAUAUAAUUUGAAGCUGUUCUGUAUCUAUUCUUGCUUUGAGACGAUAACAGGAAAUUGAAUCAAUGAAUUUCGGAGAAUGAAAGCUGCUUCUAGUAUAUCAGAUUCCGGCAGGCACACCUUGAAAAUUUCGAUGUUUUGAAACGAUACCAUCAGCGGAAAAACAAAUGAAGGCCAGAGUCAGGAAAAGUUCUGAUGAACUUUCAACGUCAGACUAUCAAAAAAGACAAAAAAAUGAUGAAAAUGUAUCAGACUCGUCUACGAAGUGCUCAGCUGAAGAUGCAUCGGAGCCGCGUACAAUGCCCUCAGCAGAAAGCCUGGGGAAAACUGUAGCUGAUCGAUCAUCUAUGCCACUGAAACGCAGUGAUAUUGAUUCCGAAGAAAAUGCGUCACAAGCUGGCAGGCGUGAGCCCAAGAUUUCCAAAAAUUGCACCUCACCAACGAAUCUAGCGCAGAAUGAUCAUGAAGAGUUGACACCUAGAACGACAUCAAAAGAGUACUACGAUGCUGGAGGAUUGAAACAUUUUCUUCACGGUAUUUCUUAUCAAUCAAAAUUAUUAAUUCAUAUAUUAAAAUGUGGCUUGCGUCACCAGAAAUCCGCAAACAAAAGGUAUUUAUUCGAUAUAGGAACUGAAGUGAAUGCCGCUGAAAAGUUUGACGAUAUAGUCUUCCGGUACAAAAAUAACCCUCGCGAUCAAAAAUAUAUCUAUCGAUUUGUGCAGGCAAAGCAUAAAAUUGAUAAUACUAAAGUGCUCGGUGAAGACGAUUUACUUAGCCAAGAAGAAAAAGGGGAAUUCAGGUUAUCAAAAUACUUCGUUUCUUUUCUCAGAAUUAGAAAAAACUCGUUUUUUCGAGGUGCUGAACUGAGAGAUUUUACAAUUUGUACAAAUAUUUCUCUAAACAAAAGUUUAGAAGACAGUUGUUUUGAACCAGUAAAUAGGGAUGAUGGAAUUUUUGAUUUUGAAAUAGGGAAGCAUUUAAAACUCAAUUGGGAAAAAUUCCCUAAAAAAGAUGAAUUGAAAUCAGCGCUGGAAAACGAGUCAGAUUGUAAAAAGUUGGCAAAGCGGUUUGCUGAAUGUAUAAUGAAAGGCAGUGUCAUAAAUUUUAAAGAUUACCUAUUUAAACUCUACCACCGUGCGUUACGCAUGCAUGUAAUUGAGGUAAAAAACAAAAAGCAGGCUGCGAAGAAACAUGAUAAAGAAAACUACGUUGUUGCUACAUUAUACGAAAAUUUUGUCGAUGAAAAAAAUUUGUCGCCUUCUGUACAAAAUUUUAGGAAUGUUUUUUUCCGCGAAUAUCGCGGACGAAAAGAUGUGGAAAUAAAGAUAGGACCUUCUUAUGUAAAAUUUUAUGAGUUUAAGAAUAAUCCCAACCUUGAAAAUGAUGCAAUAGCGUUAGCUAGUGAAAUUGCUACUUGCAUUACUCAUGCUGAGAACGGUAUUGUUAAACUCGAAAGGAAAAAAAAUAUACAAAAAUAUAUCGAUGAAUUAGCAGAAUUUGUAUUUAUAAAGAAAACCCCAGCCGAGAAAGAUAUAUAUUAUUUUAGUCAACGAUUUUUAAAUGAAGACUACGUAUUGCCUGGCGAUUUGAAGUUGUUUGAGGAGGAAUUGAGAAAACUCAAAAAUAAAAGUGAGCUGUUAAAUCUAAAAUUUCGUAUUACAAAUUUUGUGACAUGUGAAGAGGAUGAGUUACUUGUACAACCUGAUUUCCCUGAGGAAGUCUCAGAACAAGAUAUAACCGAUUUUUUUAACAUGUUAGUAUUUGCUGUUGGUAUGCCCGAUGAAAUCCAGCUUGGCCAUAUUAUUGCAAAAGAUAUGAGUGACCAACUCAACUUAGCUGACAGUGAAUUUCCAACGAGUAGUCUUGAGACGUUUAUACAAAAUUGGAUGAAAGAUAACAAGGGGUACUUUCUUAGAGAUGAUGUUGGUGAAAAUUUUUUUGAAAAAGUUACUCAAAAAGUUUCUGUAUUAAACGUAUAUGGCAUUACUUUGGAAUAUUGUGCAGAAAUAAAAUCAUUUGGUAUGGAAUUCUGCAACAUUCCAUCAAAAUUGAAGAAUUUUCUAACUUCGAAUAAUGAACAAAUUUUCAACUUGAUUAGCUCAUGUGGUGUUACCAGAUUGAGCGCAAUCAAAGUCAUUCAAGCGUUGAAAGAUACAAAAGCAUAUGAGGCCGAAGGCAGUUUCAUUUCAAUUCAUCUGAAUUCUAUUAAGGAUGCAGAUAUAAAUGAUCGUUUAAUAAAGGCUUUCAACUCUGAAUUACCGAAUAAUCUCUUGGUAAUUGAAUGUGGAGUAGCAGAGUUAGCUGAAAGACAACUAUUACUCGAACCUCUAUUUUCUAUUAUAAAAAGAUGCAACCAAAAAAAAAUUAUUUUCAUAACUUGUGAGCAUGAUAUUUUAGCUGAAAAACUUACAAAGGAUUUUCCUGAUAUUAAGUGGGAUGGCGCGAUAGAUGAAAAAAAUAGCCUAAAUGAUCUGAAAGAUCAUUCCCAAGAGGCACUUUGCAACAGAGAGAUUAUAUUUCAAGAAAGAGAAACAACAGUGAACUUGGGUGCUUUGUUAACAAAUAAAGAAUCAAAAUAUACAAAUAAAUUGGGAGAAGCGCUCGUAGGAGAACUAUUAUUCGAAUUAAUUUUAAGUAAAGAAAUGAAAAUAGAAAUUAAAAUAGGUAAAGCGCCAAAAGAUAUGAAGUAUGAUAAUACAAAGUAUCAUUUCAUCCAGCGAUCCUUCUUCCGCUACAUUAAUAUCGACGAAAAGUUCAAAGAAAAUCAGUCUGAAUUUGUUGUCAUUGACAAAACACGAGAAAUUGUUAAAUCGGGUAUCCAGGCAACCCAGGAUAUAAUACUAAUAGCUGAUACUAACAAAGACUUCAUAAAAUGCUGCAAUAGCUACAAUAACAACAUUCACUGGCUAAAAACUAAUGGAGAUGUUUAUAAAUGGCAACAGUCUCGAGGUAGUAAAUCAAAAUUACGAAAAUUCAUAAAAACCAAUGCACAAAGCAGAGAAAAUUAUGAACUAAAAAGUGUUUUGGAUACACCUGACAAAGUUGUCCUAAUUGCUGCUGAGGCAGGUAUGGGAAAAUCUGUUAUAUUAUCUCAUUUAGCUGUAAAUACACCCACUGCUCCAUUUCCCGUGUGGAUUGUGAGGUGUAAUUUAGUGGAGUACUCAUUCAAGUUUGGAAAAUGGUCAGAAUCAGAAUCUUGUAAAGAGAUCGGUGUGAAAGAAGCUGUAAAGUUUCUUUAUAAGAUCGCAAAAUUUCAAUUAUUUAAAGAAUGCUGCAAGAACACCGAGGAAGAAGAUGAAAUAUUGGACAAUUUCUUAGACACCCUAGAUAAGGGUGAAGUACAUUUUAAAAGAAAUCAAUUGAAACAAGAAAGAAAGGUGUCAUCAUUAGCGCUAUUUGAAAUAGAAUUGUUUACUGCGUUUUAUAAUCAAGGAUUCGUAGUACUAUUAUUGGAUGGUUUUGAUGAAAUUAUUCCUGAUUAUGAGCAUCAGGUAAAUGGAGUGAUCGAGAAUUUGACACGUCAACUGGCCAAAAUAUGGAUUACAACUCGUUCUAUUCAUAUUCUAGGUGAAGCAGAAGAUAAGUUUAAUACAUAUUCAUACCAACUAACGUCAUUUACUCCGGAGGAUCAGAAGACAUUUUUAAUGAAAUUUUGGAGAGAAAAAUUGAAAGCUGACAAAUUGAAUGAAGAAUGCUCCAUAGUUUAUAUUGAUCAGCUGUUAGAAAAGUUCUCAUAUAAAAAUGAAUUACCGAUGAAUUUUCUAAGUGUGCCUUUGCAAUUAUACAUGGUUGCUGAAAUUUUUGCAGUUUCAUUUAAAGAAUUUCUCAACUCUGGGAAUUCAGAACUUUCUGAAAAAGACCUAGAAAUACUGCAAGAAAGAUUGGAUUUAAAUUCCUUGUAUCAGAAAUUUACUCUAGAGCAAUACUACGUAGAACAAAGGAAGGAAGAUGCUAAUUAUGAUCAUAAUAGAUAUAAUGUAGGAUAUCGUAAAAGGGAUGAAAAACACUAUGCGGUAUUUUUGGAAUGGCAUAGAAAAUUGGCUAUUAUUGUAACAUUUAAAGGAGAUAUCAACAAGUUCCCUCCUGAAGUAAUUGAUUUCAUUGAAAACGUUGAAGAAGGAGAUAUAAAAAGUGGUAUUGUUCAGUAUAUUCCAAAUGAAAUGCCUACCUUUAUACAUCGAACAUUUGCUGAGUAUUUCUCUGCUGAUUUCUUAUGGAAACAAUUUAAAUUGAUGGAAUGGAAUUACUUUGAAACAUUUAUGGAUGGCAUUAUAUUUGGAAACUUGUUUAGGGUUGACAGAUAUGAAAUUUGUGCAUUUCUUAAAUCAAUCUCUGAAAAGGAUUUAAAAGGUAAUGAGAAAUUUUCCUACUCUAAAGAAAAAUUUGAAACUCUGAUGAUGGAGCUUUUGAAUGGGAUUGCAAGAGAAAAGUUUUUUGGUAAUGGUAUGUGUACAUCACUACAUGUUUAUCCUGGGACACUACAUCAGCAUUCAUCUGAGCAAAGGAUGAACACAUUUCUGCGUCACAGCCAUUCCUUUCUUAUAUUGUUACGGAUAAUAGAGGUAGCAUUGAGCUCAGGUCAAGUAAGUGUUUCAAAAACUAUUGAAAAUUGGUGUAAUGGAGACCAAUAUGGUUUACUUUGUGUAUGUGCAGAAUUGGGAUUUGUAGAAUUAGCAAAAGCACUGAUAGCAACGAUAAAAGACAGCGAAAAUUUUUUACAACAGGGUAUUUUGCAUUCUGGUUGGAUGCGUUCAAUUUUAAUGAUUGCAAUUGAUAACAAUCGCCAAAAUGUCGCCAAAUUCGUUUUUGAUUUCUAUGAUAUCUUUUGGAAGGAUUCUGAUCACCGCACGUUCAUCACUCAUAUUCUUCGUGAGAACAGCGUUCCAGCUUUAGAUUUCCUCUUAAAGAAUAAAGUGUUAGAAAUUGGUAAACCUUAUAUGGACAGUGGUCAAAAGAAGCUGCUGUUUCUUGAAGCUAUGCGGAUGAGUUCAUCAGAUGUAGUUGAAUUUUUGAUGGACAAAACAGAUAUUCACGUAGUAGAUGAAUUUAUUAAUUCUCAUGGAUGGAGUAAUUUCUCCUUUGGACUGAGUGUUUCUCUGUUCCAAUGUAAUGAAAAAAAAAUUGAGCUUGGUAUGAAAAAGGGGAUUGAUUUUACCAAUACUAUGAAUAUCUUUCUCAGUCGUUUUUUUCAGAACUUCGAAGAAUGGGGACCGCCUUCCAUUCAUUUAAUGCAGGUGUUUGAGAAGAGCGAACUAAUCUUGAAAAGUGGCGAGAGUUACAAUUGUAAGAAUAUUAAAAUUAGCGAUGAAGCAUUGCCUAAACCCAUUAAUUUGGCCUUUCUUGGAAAUAUUGGACCUGGCUUUAAUUUCAAAACAUUUUCAUCCGAAGGAACGUGUAGGACAAUAACAUUACAUUAUAGCGAGUGUUUAUACCUUAUUUGUAUGCUAUUAUUGAAGGCAAAAGCAAUGCAAAUUAUUCAUAAUAAUUUUGAUAUCAAGAGCUUAGGCUUUGACAAUACCAUAAACUGCGCUGAAGGCUAUAAAAUACUGUGUAAAGAUCGGCAACAAUGUCUGUCACAUGAAGAUGAAUCAUUUCAAGCACCACAAGGGGGCGGGACACCUGUUUCCUUUUUUCCAUUAAAAUUGGAUGCUCAUGGCACUACUUUAGUACAAAAUGCCUUAAAUGAAGUAUAUGAUUUCAUGAUUGAGUUACCAUCCGAUAAAAUUGAUCAUAUUCUUAAGCUUUAUCCUCAUGAUGGUUAUCCUAAAGAUCUCCUUCAGGAUGAUUUUUUGUCAGCUCUAAUUAAAGGUUCUGAACGAGUGAGCUAUUCCAGACUUAGUGAAUCGGGAAAACUUUUGUUGAAAAGAAUAAUAACUAUAUCAAAGGAUUGUAAUUGUAGCAUUUAUGAUUCAUAUGAAAACAUACGAAUGUCAUUAAAAUUGAAAAAUAUGGAACAAGAAGUGAGAAAAAUUUCAAGCAAUGAACAGUUUUUAUUCAAGACUAAAGAUUUAUUACAAAUUUUAGAAACACAGAGUAGCCCCAAUGAUUUUCGUAAGGAACUGCUGAGUGUGACAUCAACAAUAAUGAAAUGUGGAAAUUAUUGUUCAAUAGGUAAAACCAUACAAUACACGCUACUAGUAUCAGAAAUUGAAAACCUGGAAAAAAUUUAUGAAAAGUCUAAGUACUUUCAUGAACUAUUGAAAAAGUUGGACAAAUUGUACAAAAAUCUUACCACUGAUAUAGCUUUUGGCAGAAAUAAAGAAAUAGAUUUCAUAUUAACACAAGAACCAGAUUAUAAAAAAUCAAUUAUCCAUGGUCAAGAUGAUAAAUUUGGCUCACCUUUACAUUAUGUCGCAAGUAAAGGUAAUGCAGAAAUUACCCAAAUUCUUUUAUCUCACGGGGCUUAUCCCAAUCUUAGAUUGAUUGAAGAAGGCAUUCCUGAAUAUUUAUCAACUUCUAAAAAUCCUGACCAAAUAAAAGAUAAUGAAAGCUGGGCAUCGGAUUACUACAGUUGGACCCCGUUGCAUUUGGCAGCCUUGAAUGGCCACAAUGAAGUAGUUCAGCUUCUAAUAGAUAAUGGUGCUAAAGUUGAUAUGAUUACUGAUGUUGAGGCUACUAAUAAAGGGAAUACAGCGCUGCAUCUAUCCACUUUACGGAAUAAUUUAAAUACUGUGCUGUUACUUUUGAAAAAUGGAGCAUGUUAUGACGCGAAAAAUGCGCAAAAUAAGACACCUCUAGAAUUGGCUGAGGCUGGAUCUGAUGUAGCACACGUGUUGCAAUGCAUUCAUUAUUCAUUUCGGGCUGUUAAGGAGCGUAGAAAAGAUUUAGUGAGCUCUUUAUUAAUGACAGAUAAUUCGGUUUUAUUAAAAGCAAUUUUCCAUGCAAAAAAUUCAGAUAAAAAGACACUUAAUCUAUGCAUUGCUAGAGCUAAUGAGCAAGAUGACGUGAUAGACUUGCUUGAAGAAAAGUUGAGAUCUUUACAGUUUUGAAUCCAUGUACUCUAUCAAUUUUACCUUAGGCAACCAGAUACCUACUUACAGUAGCGUGCAAAUUAGUUUGGGACAGCAGCAAAAUCACAACAUUACACCAUUUUUCAACAGCUCGCUACAACAAUACCGCUAACAAUUUUGAAAAAAAAAUUACAGGGGGUGAAAGCCCUAUCCUUUACGAAAAUUUUGAUGUGUUAGAACCAAGAAAAAUAAGUUUCUAUAAGCUCAUAAAAGCUCACUGAAAUAAAAAUCAGAAAAUUUUCAGUCUUUUAGUUUUCCGCAUUUACCGGACGAACCGUACGUCCUAGCAAAAAUCUGAUGACAUUAAGCUGAAAGAGAAUUAAAUUCUCUACAAUUUCGUUAAUGUAAAAUUUUCGUAGGACGCUCGGUUUCAAAACUGUACACCUUUAAAGUUUGAGUAAAAAACGUUGCUGCAACUUUUUUUUAGUAAAAAAACCAACUUUUUUAAACUAAAACUUCAAAGACGUGCAGUUUUGAAACAGAGCGUCCUACAAGAAUUUCAUGUUAACGAAAUUGUACAGAAUUUAAUUCUCUUUCAGCUUAAUCCCAUCAGAUUUUUGCUAGGACGUACGGUUCGUUCGGUAAAUGCGAAAAACUACAGUAGCGUGCAAACGUUGGUUUUUCUAGUAACUCAAACUUUGAAGGCGUGCAGUUUGGAAACCGAGCGUCCUACGAAAAUUUUAUCUCAACGAAAUUGUAGAAAAUUUAAUUCUCUUUCAGCAUAAUGUCAUCAGAUUUUUGCUAGGACGUACGGUUCGUCCGGUAAAUGCGGAAAACUAAAAGACUGAAAAUUUUCUGAUUUUUAUUUCAGUGAGCUUUUAUGAGCUUAUAGAAACUUAUUUUUUUUGGUUCUAACACAUCAAAAUUUUCGUAAAGGAUAGGGCUUUCACCCCGUGUAAUUUUUUUUUCAAAAUUGUUAGCGGUAUUGUUGUAGCGAGCUGUUGAAAAAUGGUGUAAUGUUGUGAUUUUGCUGCUGUCCCAAACUAAUUUGCACGCUACUGUACAUGAAGGUAUUGAAGGUAACGUAACGGUUGCUAGUUCUAAAUUUUUUACAAUUCUUUUGGAUUUUUGUCAAUUUCGCGGUUUAUUCUUAAUGGUCUUGAUUGAUAAUUUUAUCAGAUAAAUUACCUACUUAUAUGCAAAAGUGUAUCAAACUUACGUAGGUACUUCUGCUACCUGGAUUUUUUUUUUCAUUUUCUAUUUGUUUACUUUCAAAAAAAAAGUUGCUCCAUUUUGCAUUUCUUGCACCAGGCGGUGGAGUUUAUUUAUAGAUAUAAUAGGUACAUACAUAUAAGUACAUAAUACAACUUACUUACAUCUAUAGAAACUAAUAAUCUACCUACCUACGUAUUUUAUAUUCACACGUUCAUAAUCUUGUAUCUUGAUCAUUUAUUGUUUAUUGUAUUGUACCUUAGUGUUAGGUUUAGUAGGUACAUAUUUUUAUAAAAGAACUUGUUGAAUUUUUUUCUUGUAA